AAAUUAGCUUCAAGAUGAAGUAGACGAAUCUACCGGCUCCAUUUUCUUCAUUUUGCAUAAUCAUGGACGAUUCCAAGAGAGUUGGAACUGUUGUUUUCCUAGAGUUCUUUUGCCUCAGUUUUCUAGUUAUUAGCCUUUGCAAUGUGAUCUCGGAUGCUGCUUGUCUUGAAAGUGAGAGACAGGCUCUUAUGAGGUUCAAACAAGACCUGACAGAUGCUUCGGACCUGCUUGCCUCUUGGAGCAGCAAUGGAGGCAACUGUUGUGACUGGACCGGGAUUGUAUGUGACAAUGUAACUGGUCGUGUCGUUGAGCUUCGUCUUGGAAAUCUUCAUAAUCCAAGAGAUGAUACCGCCUUUCCAGGCAAGCCUUUUGAGCGAUCUAGAUUGAGUGGUAAGGUAGAUUCUUUGCUCGGUUUGAAGCAUUUGCGGUACGUAGACCUGAGUGGAAACAAUUUCGGAGUUAGAAUUCCUGGAUUCCUUGGUUCUUUGCACAAUCUAAGAUAUCUCAACCUCUCUAAUGCUGGAUUCGAGGGAUCGAUCCCUGCUCAACUCGGAAACCUUACAAAUGUGCAGUAUCUUGAUCUCCAUGAUACAUUAUCUGAUUAUCUGUAUGCAGAGAAUCUUCAAUGGCUUACAAAUCUUUCAAAUCUGAAACACCUUGAUUUGAGUGGCAUAACUCUCAGCAAAGCCUCCGAUUGGUUUGAGGUGACAAAUGCUCUCCCUUCUUUGAAUGUCUUACGUCUAUCCGAUUGUGAUCUUGAUCCUUUUCCUCCAUUGAAAACUGUUAAUUUUUCAACUCUGAGAACUCUGGACCUUUCCUAUAACACAUUUAGUAACUCCAUUUUUAGCUGGAUUUCUACCCUUACUUCCCUGUUUUCACUUGAUCUUAGACAUAACAGUUUCCGGGGUCAUUUCCCUGAUAGUCUAAGAAACAUGACCUCUCUAACCUAUCUCAGCUUAUCAAGCAACCAAUUCAAUUCAUCGAUACCCAGUUGGUUGUAUGGUUUGAACCAUCUUCAGUACCUCAAUCUCGGGUCAAAUAACUUGCAAGGCACAAUCUCAGAGCAUGUCGGAAACUUGACAUCGGCCGUAAGCCUCAUCUUUGACAACAACAAUCUUGAAGGAGCAGCAUUAAGAUCCUUGGGAAACCUUUGCAGCUUGACAAAUCUUGUUCUGUCUGGUGUCAGGUUGAGUCAAGACAUAUCACAAGUCUUAGAAUCUCUGUCAGGAUGCCUGUCUGACAGACUCGAGUCCUUGUUUCUGGUUAACUGCAUACUUUCUGGUCACCUGGGCAAUCAACUUGGUCUAUUCAGAAAUCUGCGUAGCCUUUACCUGACAAAGAAUUCGAUUUCUGGUCCAAUUCCAGACUCAUUAAGAACACUUGCAUCCUUGAGAGAAGUGGACAUAUCCGAAAAUCGAUUCAAUGGGUCUUUACCGGAAUGGCUUGGAGAGUUUAAGGAACUGGAAGUCUUAUGGAUUGGUAAAAAUAUGUUACAGGGUGCGGUUUCUGAGGUUCAUUUCUCUAAUCUCACAAGUCUGAGGUCAUUUCAGGCUUCAGGAAAUCAUGGACUGAGUUUGAGAGUGAGUCCUGGUUGGAUUCCGCCUUUCCAACUCGGGGUUAUAGCUUUGUCGUCAUGGAAUUUAGGUCCGAGAUUUCCCCAUUGGCUACGUUCCCAGAAGGAUUUCCUGUUUUUGGAUAUAUCUGUUGCAGGGAUCAAUGAUACAAUUCCUGACUGGUUUUGGAACUUGUCUUCCGAGUUCUUUUAUAUGAAUAUUUCUCACAAUCAAAUCCAAGGGAAUGUUGCUGAAGUUCUCAACACAAAUCCUCCAGCUGGUUAUGAAUCAUCUAUUGAUCUGAGUUCUAAUUUCCUCCGGGGUACAUUACCAUGUUUGUCAUCCAAUGUCGGUACAUUAGAUCUUUCGAACAAUUCAUUUUCGGGGUCCAUGUCACCCUUGUUAUGUUGCAAGAUGGAAGAAGCAAAGAGCCUGGGAACUCUUCAUUUAGCCUAUAAUUCUCUAUCUGGACCAAUUCCUGACUGUUGGAUGAGUUGGCCAAGCAUAUUUUCCAUGGAUUUGAAGAACAAUAAUCUAAGUGGUAGCCUUCCUAGCUCCAUGGGAUCUUUAAUCUUUCUUCAGUCUUUACACCUACGCAAGAACAACCUUUCCGGAGUUUUGCCACCCACGCUGCAGAAUUGUUCAUCGUUGUUGGCUCUUGACCUCAGUGAAAACAAAUUCGAAGGGAGCAUACCGAGCUGGAUUGGUGAAAAGCUGUCGAAAAUCAUGAUUGUCGGUCUUCGUUCGAAUAAUUUCCAAGGUGAUAUUCCUCGUGAACUCUGUGCUCUUAGUUCUCUUACAAUUCUAGACCUCGGACAUAACAAUUUGUCGGGAAAGAUACCAGAAUGUUUCAAUAAUUUCAGUGCCAUGGUCAGCAAAAGGAACUCAAGUGACCCAAUUUCUUAUUCUUUUGGUCAUUUCAUGCACUCAAUAGAGACGACAUUAGUGGUGAUCAAGGGGGUAUUGCUUGAAUACAGUAGCACCCUUCGACUUGUGACAAGCGUGGACCUUUCAGACAACGAGUUAUCUGGCGAAAUCCCUGUCGGAAUUACCGAUCUUUUAGGCUUGAGAUCACUCAACCUCUCAACAAAUCGUUUGUCGGGAAGGAUCCCUCAGAGUGUAGGCAAUAUGGGGACACUGGAAUCGCUCGACUUCUCUUUCAACCAACUCUCUGGUGCAAUCCCUUCAAGUAUAUCGAAUUUGACAUUCUUGAGUUACUUGAACGUGGCUUACAACAAUCUAAUGGGGGAAAUUCCAAAAAGCACUCAACUCCAAACUUUCGAUGCAUCAAAUUUUGUCGGCAACAACCUUUGCGGGCCACCACUUAGUGAUAACUGCAGCAUAAACGCUUUAAAACCUCAUGAUGCCGGAAAUCGUGAGGGAUCAGAGGGUGGACUCGAAGUAGAUUGGUUUUGGUUUUAUGUGAGCGCCACCCUGGGAUUUGUUGUUGCGUUUUGGAGUAUUGCAGGGCCUUUGCUGUUUAAGAGAUCAUGGAGACAUGCCUAUUUCAAAAUGUUGGAUAGCAUCGGGACGAAGGCUCGGCGGUGUUUUCGCAGAUAGUUUCUGAAUCUAAAGAAAUCUGCUUAUGUCUUUGUUUAUAUGGCGAUGGAUUGUCCCAGUGUGUUGCAGCUAGUUGUAUUGUAUGCUUAA